CCCCCCAUCGCCCGCGCCGUCGUCCCCUCCAAGCGCCAGCGGGUCUCCGGGAACACCUCCCGGCGCGGGAAGAGCUUCAACUCCAAGUCGGGACAGAGGGGCUCCUCCUCCAAGAGCGGCAAACUGAAGGGGGACGACCUGCAGAGCAUCAAGAAGGAGCUGGGGCAGAUCAAGGCCAAGGUGGACGCGCUGCUGGAGAGCCUCGAGCGGCUGGAGCGGGAGCAGAAGGCGAAGAGCGACAAGGCGGAGGAGGAGCAGGGCGGCAGCGGCUCCAAGAAGGACGAGGCCGGGGGGGCCAAGGCCGAGGGGGGCAACGAGGACUCGGCCGAGGAGGGGGAUCUGCUGGACGACGAGGAGGCUGAGGAGAGGGGGGACGAGCAGCUCGAGUCCAUCAAGGGGGACGAGAAGGAGGCGGAGGAGGGGGAGGACGACCGGGACAGCGCCAACGGCGAGGACGACCCCUGAGAGCCCCCCCGGGACCCCCACGAGCCCCCCGGGGCCUCCCUGAGCCCCCCCCCCAGCCCACAGCCCCUCCCCCGCCGUGUUCGUGCUGUCGUGGCCCCUCCCCCGCCCUGCGCCUCCUCCCCUCCCCCCUCUCAUAGUUCGGUUCGGCCCCUCCCCCGGCCCCUCCCCCGCCCCCCUCGUUUAAUUUUGAUACCUCGAGAUGACGAUUAAAGGACGGAUGUUUGUAAA